CAGACUUGGGCGUUCUCACUCACACCACGGCCGGCCAGACUUGCACUACUGCAUACUGUUUGGACUGGGAUAGCAGCAAAUAAGAUCCCUCACAAGGAUGGCAAACUUCGGAGGACAUGCCAUCCCCGGCACCUUCUUCCUGCUCUACGGUCUGUGGUUGACAGUGAAACACACUCUGCGACACAACUGGAGGAAGAACCAGCCUAAAGGACGACACAAAAUACCUCCGGUCUUCAACCGAAUGGAUUACUUUGAGGGGGGGCUGACGAUAUUUGCUGCAUUUGUCGGUAUUAUGGUUGAGCAAUUCGUGGUAGAUGGACCCCACGCCCACCUCUAUGACCAAGGAAACCACACGUGGGUCAAGCUGAUGAACUGGCAGCACAGCACCAUGUACCUGUUCUUCGGGAUCUCUGGCAGUGCAUGUGUUCUCACCACCGCCUCCAGCAGUGUGCCUGUCGGUGUGGAUCGCCUUGCUCUCUCCUUGGCCCUCUUCGUUGAAGGGUUUUUAUUCUAUUACCACGUGCAUCAUCGACCCGCUCUGGAUGCUCACAUCCACACCCUACUGCUGGUGGCUGUGUUUGGAGGAUCUGGAAGUUCUAUGCUCGAGGUCUUCGUGAGGGAUCACAUCAUUCUCGAACUUUUCAGGGCGUGCCUUCUCGUCCUCCAGGGCUCCUGGUUCUACCAGAUCGGUUUUGUGCUGUACCCAUUAAGCGGACCGGAGUGGGACCUGACAUUACAUGACAACAUCAUGUUUGUCACGAUGUGCUUCUGCUGGCAUUUCGCCAUGGCCAUGCUGACAGUUGCUGUCACCUCGUUCUUAGUUGGGAUCAUGUCCAAGAGAUGCGCUGAGAAAGGAAGGAACAUAGAGAUUGGAAUGAGAACGACCUCCUCAAACUCCAACUCCCAGAAAGCACUGCUGGACGAAUCCGAUGAAGAGUAGACACAUCGCUUGGGCUCUUCGCAAGAUUCCUUCUGAUGUCGUUUCACAUUCUGUUGUGACAGGAAAGCCAAGUUUUUAAAGACAAGUUAUGUCUGCCGUUUUGUACUUUUGCAUUACACAUGUAUAUAAAAUCAGUUGGAAACAGAUAAAAUCUGUUUAUAAUAUAUUUUUUAAAUGACUGAAAGAAGAUAUAAUUACAAAAGCAUUAACUUUAACAGCUAAUGCUCACCUGCAUGGGUCGUUAUGAUUAUGGAAUAAAUAAGUGCACGUCGAGAGAUUAUGUCAACAAUCCAAGUCAAAUUUGGACAAAUUAGAUUUGAACUAUGAGCGCCACUCUAUUUCUCACUAUAUUCAUGUUGUAAGCUAUACUUCUGGGUGACAUGGAGAAAAUCACAUUUGUAAAAAGGAAAAAGUUUGAACCUAACCAUGACAUGAAAUAAAGAUGACUUAUUUUAAGAUUAGAAGCCGUUAUCUCACCGGAGUGUAAGUGGUUAGCAAAGAUAACUGGGGCAAUUUGGCUUUCCACAUGUUGAUGAAAGCAGAUGUGUAGUAACCAUCAGCAGACAACAAGCUUGUGACAUCUUAUUCUAAAUCUAGCACUGAAGGGUGUCCGGGUAGCAUGGUGGUCUAUCCUGUUGCCUACCAACACGGGGAAUGGCGGUUCGAAUCGCCGUGUUACCUCCGGCUUGGUCAGGCGUCCCUACAGACACAAUUGGCUGUGUCUGCGGGUGGGAAGCCAGAUGUGGGUAUGUGUUCUGGUUGCUGCACUAGCGCCUCCUCUGGUCGGUCAG